GUGGGGAAAGGAAGUGCACGGCAUGCAGUGCGGUGGAUGGCGGCGUCCAUCGCCGACGCCUCACCCGCGGGAGCCGUCGAGCGAUUUGAUUGGCUGACGGGAAAUGCAAGAAAUUUGAAAUUCCGAUGGUGUGGACGCGAGUUGGCACGCACGGCGCCCGGCGCUGGCGAUCUGUCGUCGUGCUUCGACACCAUGCUCGCGGACGCUCCAUUACUGCAUGGACGCCAAGCCGUGGCCUCCAUGGUGCAGCGAGCACGUUUCCCAGAACGCCAAUCAAGGACUUGAUGUCGAUUCCAAAACCACGUGAACACGAUGCCGUGGCCGACGCGCCGGUGACGACCGUGUGCGGAUGGGUCAAGACAAUUCGCCGUCAAAAGAACUUGAGUUUCAUCACGAUCAACGACGGGUCGUCGUUCCAAAGCUUGCAGGUCGUGUGCGAUGCGUCGUCGAUCUGCGCCGAGUCACUGGCCGACGUGUCGGUGGGCAGCAGCGUCACCGUGACCGGAGUCGUCUCGCAUGCUCCCAAGUCUGGACAGGUCGAAGUGAACGCGCAAUCCGUGGCAGUUCUCGGACCGAGUGACCCCGCCACGUACCCGUUGUCGAAAAAGUACCACAGCCUCGAAUUUGUCCGGGAGCAUUUGCACCUGCGACCUCGUACCAACACAUUUGGUGCCGUCACGCGCGUUCGAAACGCCCUCAGCCAAGGCCUUCAUCAGUACUUUCAGUCGCAAGGAUUUGUCCAAGUGCACACGCCGAUCUUGACGUCGAUCGAUGCCGAAGGUGCCGGCGAGCAGUUCCGCGUCGUGCGGGACACCGAGUCGCCAUCGGCGGACGGCACAGACGGCCACUUCUUUGGUCUUCCAGCAUACUUGACUGUGUCGGGCCAACUCCACGCCGAAAUGUACGCGAGCGCGCUGUCCAACGUGUACACGUUCGGGCCAACGUUUCGCGCCGAGAACAGCAACACGAGUCGGCACCUGUCCGAGUUUUGGAUGGUCGAGCCUGAAAUGGCGUUUGCGGGGCUCGACGAGUGCAUGGCGAGUGCGCAGGGCGCUGUUCAACGCAGCAUCCAGCACGCUUUGGAGACGUGCCCAGACGACGUGAGCUUCUUCCACGCGCAGUAUGCCAAGGCCGAGAAAGGAAACCUCUUGGGCCAGCUCCAGUCCAUCCUCGACCGCGACAUUCCCCAUAUCACGUACACGGAAGCCAUCGCGAUCUUGGACAAAGCACCGGUGGCAUUUGAAGUCCCGCCAGAGUGGGGCAUGGAUCUGAAAACCGAACACGAGCGGUACCUGGCCGAAAAGCACGUCGGGGGACCCGUCUUUGUGACAGACUACCCCGCCGCACUCAAGGCGUUCUACAUGCGCCAGAACGACGUAGACGACCCCGCGCGAGCGACGGUCGCCGGCAUGGACUUGCUCGUCCCUACGGUUGGCGAAUUGGUGGGCGGAAGCGUGCGCGAGGAGCGCCUCCAUGUACGGAAGGACGUACUCGAUGCAUGGAAGUGUAACGUUAUAUAUGUGUGGAAGGUCCUGGAGGCGAAGAUGCGCGCGAGCGGGGUCGACCCGGCGGGUCUGCAAUGGUACUUGGACCUCCGGCGCUUCGGGACGGUGCCGCAUGCCGGAUGGGGUCUCGGGUUCGAGCGCCUCGUGCUCUUUGCAACCGGGAUGGACAACAUUCGCGACGCGAUCGCCGUUCCUCGAUACCCUGGAGCGUGUCGGCACUAGAUCAACAGACGAUGUUUUCACGUUAACAUUGGUCGCGACGGUGGGGUGCAUUGCUGCUGGAGCUGGGAUCGCAGCCGUUCAUUCUCUUGAAUUUGAAAGUGUAAACACGCUCGGAGGUCGGCGAUCUCGUCCUGCGCCGCCGCGAGCUUGGUCUGGAGGGUCGCAGGAGAUGGAGUCCUUGGUACGUGUGUCUCAUGGUUGCUUUGGUGCGUCGUGGCAUUGGAGGGGCUCGGCGGGGCGGCGGCUUGCUUGAUCCCGAGGAGAAGGUUCACUGGGUCCUCCUCGCUGCUAUCGACGGGGCCAGCCUUUGUCGCAUCCUGCUUCAUCACGACGCCAUGGGAGCAUGACGUGGGGCUUAGCUUCGCAGGAGGACCAACGCUAGCUUCCAUGCGAAGCAUGAGGCUGCUGCGGAUCUUGCACAGGUUGGGGAGGGUCCCGGCUUGUUGUGAAAAGAGAAGCACGUCCGCGGGCAUAACCUUGAUGGAAAAAUCGUCGUUCGGAGUCGACGGGGACUGGGCGGUGCCACCAGGAACUGUGUAGGGUCGUAUGACACAUGGAGUGGACGCAGCACUGGUGCUCGUGGAGCUGCUGUCGUCGCUGCGCUUCUUCGUCAAGACAGGGCUCUUGUCGGCGACGAGGUGGCCGUUGACGCGUACGCGUUUCGGAACAGACUUUCGUUUGAUGAGGUGCAGCUUAUCUGGCUCGUUCUUUUGGAAGUACGGAUGACUAAACGUGCAGAUGAACGUUUUCGUCUUGGUCCACUUGCGGAACCCAAAGUAGUUGAGUUGGCGCUGAAAGCUCUGAAAGUUGUUGUGGCUGAAGUACUUGGGCAGGAUUUCCUGCGUCGCGCGGACGGGGUCUAGAAUUUGAAACGACCCGCCGUCGUCUGCCCACUUGAUCACGGCGGACGAUUCCGCUUCGAGAAUGUCAAAGAGCUGGAGCAAGAAUUUGGGCACGUCGUGUUGCUUGGAGGUGGGGUUUUUCUUGGACGUGUCUCCUGCAUACUCGCGGGACUCAUUCGGGGUCAUCUCUCCUCCACACGGUCACGUGUCCGUCGUCGUCGAUGGCGCUGCGAUUAUAGACGCGGGCGGCGCCUGGACCGCGUUUCCAAAUUG